AUAUAUAUAUAUACCCCUAGUUACAACCAGUAUCUUCCACCUAAACCCAUGACAAUGUUACCAAGUCUGCACCUCAUCCUUCUCCCAUUAAUCAUCUAUCAAACCACCUCCUUUGCCUCUGCGGUUGAUCCCACACAAGGUUUCACCCAACUUCCAUUAGACAACUCAAACUUCCAAAUUCAAAAGCCUUACGACGUCUCAGUAAACCAACGUUACGCCUUUACAAAUGGAGUCCACAAAUUCUGGAUAUACCCUACAGACAAGCCUUUCAUGUCUGGCAGUAACACACAACCACGAACAGAGAUUCGAAUCACUGGAUACGAUUAUACAUCUGGUAUAUGGCAGUUUGAAGGGUAUGGUUAUGUUCCAAGUGGCACAAGCGGGGUUUGUAUUAUGCAAGUGUUUGGUGGAAGUUCUACUGCGACAACGUCACAGCUUAGAGUAUAUGAUGGUUCGUUAACUUAUUAUAGAUCUCCUGUUUUGUCUGCAAAUAUCUAUAAUAGGUGGUUCAGAGUGAAUGCUAUUCAUGAUGUUGGUGCUAACAAUGUUAAGAUAUAUAUUGAUGGGGAUCUUAAGUAUAAUGGAGAUGGUCGUGGAGCUGGUACUCACUACUUCAAGAUUGGGGUUUAUGUACAGAAUGAUCCUUCCGGUUACAUGGAGUCUCGUUGGAGGGAUAUGAAGGUUUUUAAGAAAUAGUGUGUUUUUGUGUUUGGUUUUAAUUAGUACUGAGUAAAAUGAAAUAAGACACGGUAAUGGAAACUAAAUAAGGAUUUGUUUCAUGUUGUCUGUGUUGCAGAUAUAAGGAAAUACUCUUGUAUUGUUAAGUAUUAUAGCACUGAAAUGAUAAUAAUAAGAGUUAUGUUUAAGAGUA